GUCCCAUUUUUUCCAUCUGGCGCGACUAUCAUUUCCCCAGCGAACCUUAGACUCUAGUCUUUCUCUCAUAGCGACCAUUACUCUGACUUUAUUCUUUUACCGCAACACUCGUUCUCAACAUGGCCGAAGUCGCAGCGCGGAAAUGCAUGGGAGUGGACUGUGACAAGAAUGCAGGCACGCUGCAAUGUCCGACAUGCCUGAAGGCGGGCACGGAUAGCUUCUUCUGCUCGCAGGACUGUUUCAAACGGAGCUGGGGCGAGCACAAGACCAUUCACAAGAAGACAACGGGCCUGUACAACCCCUUCCCCGCCUUCCAGUUUGCCGGCAACCUCCGUCCCGUCUACCCGCUGUCGCCUCACCGAACCGUCCCGAAGUCCAUUCCCUACCCCGACUAUGCCAAGGAUGGCAUUCCUCGCUCGGAGCAGAAAUUCGUCGGCCGGAACAACAUCAAGAUCCUGAACAAGGAGGAGCAGGAGGGGAUGCGCAAGGUGUGCCGUCUGGCCCGAGAGGUGUUGGAUAUUGCUGCGCGGGAAUUGAAGCCCGGUGUCACGACCGACUACAUCGACGAGGUGGUUCACAAGGCUUGUCUGGAGCGUGAUUCUUACCCCUCCCCCCUCAACUACUACAACUUCCCCAAGUCUGUCUGCACGUCCAUCAACGAGAUUAUCUGUCACGGUAUUCCCGAUCAGCGGCCCCUCGAGGAUGGCGAUAUCGUCAACAUCGACGUUACCCUGUACCACAACGGAUACCACGGGGACAUCAACGAAACCUACUAUGUUGGCGACAAGGCCAAGGCCAACCCGGAUGCGGUGCGGGUGGUGGAGACCGCGCGCGAGUGUCUGGACAAGUCCAUUGAACUGGUGAAGCCCGGUAUGCUGUUCCGCGAUCCUGGCAACGUGAUUGAGAAGCUGGCCAAGUCUCGCAACUGCAGUGUGGUCAAGAGCUACUGCGGCCACGGUAUCAACCAGCUGUUCCACUGCGCUCCCAAUGUUCCCCAUUACGCGAAGAACAAGGCCGUGGGCACCGCCAAGCCCGGCAUGUGCUUCACCAUUGAGCCCAUGAUCAACACCGGCACUCACCGCGACCGCACCUGGCCCGACGACUGGACCAGUUCCACGGCGGACGGAGGCCUCUCUGCUCAGUUUGAGCACACGCUUCUGGUUACCGAGGAUGGCGUUGAGGUCCUGACCGCUCGCUUCCCCGACUCACCCGGCGGUGCUAUCCCCCUGCUCGGCGCUGCGGAGGCCUGAUUCUAGAGUAUUUUUGCAUGCAGGUAGAGUAACGAGAUAGAGCGUUCAUGAUCACGAGGUUUUGUUGGGAUGUGUGAUGAUUCGGAGCAGCUUUGGGGUUUUGCGAUAUUCUCACGCGACUGCAUUUGUUCGUCGUUAUGAUAUCCUUUUGUAUAUGUCUAUGUCUGUCCUCUGUGUGCGACACUCGCGAGCAUUCUCCAUGACACGGGUCUCUACAGCGCAGGUGGGUGUUCAGACAAAUUCAUGUUUCCAUCGGCAAAGUAGACGCCGAGCGCAUUACGUAUGAGACCGGUUCAGGAUAAGGUUGAGAUUGCGAUAUCAGGGCCGGGGCCAUCGCCAUCGCGGGCGGGCUCCCGAUCGAGUUAAACCCUCAUCUAUCUACUACGUAGUAUCUCCACCAGGCGCGUUGAUACUUGAUAGACCCUAGGUUGGGGUGCAUAAUGAGAUGCCUCG